GCCACACACAACCAGUCGGUGACUAUUAUAGGAGAGAACGAUGUGGUUUCCCAUAUUUUCGACACCCAUGCAGGGUUGGUUCAGACCAUCACUUGCAGUACCGAGCACCUUGCCAUGGUCGGCUGCCACAUGCUAGAGAACACUCUGUGCAACCUCAUACGCCACUGCAAAGGCUGCCACACUCGACAUGGUUUCGACUCUUGUCACUUCAAAUACGACUCUAAAAUCAUCAUGGCCAAUGUGGCUCGCAUGUUGGACGUUCCCUACGUCUCCUCAACUGCUCUGGAUGUUCGCACAAUACUGGAGUCUUCCCGCUACUAUAUCCUCGCAUUA